AUGGAAGCUACGGCGCUGCCAUAUUCCGCAAGGCAUAGCUUAGUGGGCAUGCUCCGGAUAGACAGCCGGGGUUGCGUGAUGGAAAUGCGUGAACUCCCACCUAAUUCAACAGCUUUUGGGAUUAACCUCAAUCCCAACACUGAUGCUAUGGAAAACGAAGAUUGGACUAAGGACAAUUUUAGAGGAGGAGAGGGAAUGGGAGACAGUCCAAAUAGACUCUUCGACUUAGAUUCUUCGACCCCAUUCUUCGACUCACAGGCUCACAGCACUACAACAGAUAUUCGGCUCUUCAUGUAUGGCUUCAUUUUUGGCCGAGAAUCUGCUUCUACUCGAAAACCCUCUCCUCCUCAUUCUUCAAUUGAUAACUUCCUUGCUUCUCUCUACUUGCUAGUCUACUUAAGUCACUCCUCAGGCUCUGGGAACCUCAGUGAUUCUGCUUAUGGAACAAUUCUUUCAGAUCAUAAGAUGCUCUUCCACGCUCUUGAAGCAUGCAAACUCUCUUUCAAUUUAAGAACUGCAGUUGAGAUACACUCUAGAAUCAUUAAGCUGGGGUAUGGAACACACUCAUCUCUUGUAUCACUGCUGAUAUCAGUGUAUGUGUCUUGUGAUCACCUUGAUCUUGCAUGUCAACUGCUUAAUGAAUUCCCGUGUUGGGAUUUUGAUCUGGUCUCUGCCAAUAUGAUCAUCACAAGUUUUAUGAAGGUUGGAGAAAUAGACAUUGCCCAGAGGGUGUUUCAUAAAAUGCACACUCAAGAUGUGGUCUCAUGGAACUCAAUGAUUGGGGGUUAUGUCAGAAAUGCAUGCUUUCAGGAGGCAUUGGAUAUGUUCAGGAAUAUGUUCAACUCAAACAUAGAACCAGACGGAUUCACUUUUGCAUCCAUUGUAACUGGAUGUGCACAACUUGGAGCUCUUGAUUAUGCUAAGUGGGUACAUAAUUUGAUGUUUGAGAAAAGAGUUGAACUAAAUUACAUUUUACGUUCUGCACUAAUAGACAUGUAUUCAAAAUGUGGAAGAAUUGAAAUAGCAAAAGCAAUAUUUAACAGUGAUCGACAUACUGAUGUGUCUGUUUGGAAUGCGAUGAUUAAUGGGCUAGCAAUUCAUGGCCUUGCUUUCGACGCAAUUGCAAUAUUCUUGAUGAUGGAGGUGGAAAAUAUUUUACCUGAUUCUAUAACUUUUAUGGGAAUUUUAACAGCAUGUAGCCAUUGUGGGCUGGUUGAACAAGGUCACAAGUAUUUUAAUCUCAUGAAAAUGCAUUUCUCAGUUGAGCCACAACUUGAGCAUUAUGGAGCGAUGGUUGAUCUCUUGGGCCGAGCUGGGCUCCUAGAAGAAGCUUAUGCAAUGAUUAAGGAAAUUCCAAUGGAGCCCGAUGUUGUUAUAUGGAGGGCAUUCCUCAAUGCUUGUAGAAUUCACAAAAAUUCUAAGUUGGCUGAAGUUGCCAUUGCAAAAAUAUCACAUCUUGGUAGUGGUGAUUAUGUAUUGUUGUCAAAUAUCUAUUGUUCUAUAAGGAAAUGGGAAAGUGCUGAGAGAGUCAGAGAUAUGAUGAAAAAGAAAGGAGUCCGCAAAAAGGACGGAAGAAGUUGGAUUGAAUUGCGUGGUGCCAUUCACCAAUUCAAGGCAGGUGAUCGAUCUCACCCUGAAAUAGAAGGCAUAUACAAGUUGUUGGCAGGACUGAUCUGUCGAGCCAAAAUGGUGGGAUUUGUCCCUAUGACGGAAUUAGUUUUGAUGGAUACAUCUGAGGAGGAAAAGGAGGAAAAUUUGAUUUAUCACAGUGAAAAGUUAGCGUUGGCCUAUGGCAUCCUAAAAUCAAGCCCUGGAACUGAAAUUCAGGUUUCUAAAAACCUCCGAAUUUGCCCAGACUGCCACUGUUGGAUGAAAAUUGUCUCGAAGGUAUUAUACAGGGUGAUAAUUGUGAGGGACCGGGUUCGAUUUCAUCGGUUUGAAGGUGGUUUAUGUACUUGUGGAGACUAUUGGUAGUCAAUUUUGAGGGGUGCUUACAUGGUAGAGAUCUGGUAUCAUGGAAGUUAGAAUAUUAGAAUGUGAUAUUUAACACCAUGCUAAGGGGGAUAUUAGGUUCUUCUAUCUAUAAUCGAUAUGGAUUUAGAUGUGUCUAAUCUAGUCUUUUGCUUGUCAAUUGGAGAGAAAAAAUUGGGCUUAGUUUCAAUAUUGGGGUUGUCACGUUUGUCUGCGACUCAAGACAGCAUAUUCCUUGAAAACUUCUUGGCAAAUUAUAAGGGCUUUUUUACACAUCUGAGACCCGAUGGUAAUUUGCAAAUACACUUUCUUCAAGUAUUGCGGUAAUUAGUUUUCAACUGAAAAAUGGAAAUAUGUUUAGCUUCAUUCCAACCCCUACUGAAUGAAGCCAUUAUUUAAUAUUGCGGUAGUGUAGGCUUAGUCAAUGUGGAAGAAAUAUGAUGAUGAUAAUUGGCGAUUGUUGUGGUGGAUGCACAAGUAGGAUGGAGUGGCUACAGUUUUUUUGAACCGAAUUCGAUUACAGAGUGUCUUUCUAUGUAUAUGGCAAUACUGUUGAAGUCAAAUGGAACUACAAAUUAUCAAAGGACAAGGUGUGUUCAUAACUAUGCAUUGCCACUCGUAAUUCUAAGCAU